AUGGUUGCUCGCCUCGCCGAGUAUGGCCACAAUGCCACCGACAACAUCAACGACGCCUUCACCAACAUGACGCUCCAGUCAUGGAUCCGCCUCACCGUCAUCGUCGGUGGCUAUAUGCUGCUGCGGCCGUACAUCAUGAAACUGUCCACCAAGUUUGCCGUCAAGAAACUGGAAGAGGACGCCAAGUCUCAGAGCAAAGAAAAGGCCGAUCCAACAAUGACACCAAACGAGUUCCGGGGCAUCAAGGAGAAGCUCUACGAGGCGCAGGAUGAGGUGGACGGCUCAGGCGCGGACUGGGGCAGCAAUGCAAGGUUGAGGCAGCGGCAGAUGCUCAAGGAUCUGCUUGAGGAGGAGGAGAGGCGCCGAGCGGCGGAGAACGAGGACGCCGACAUACAGGAGUUUUUGGAAGACUAG